AUGAGACUGAACGAGCAUACAGGCAUAGUAGCUAUUGUGACGCCGAGAGUGACUCUCGUCCCCUACGAGGCGAGGCAUGUGGAGCAAUAUCAUGAGUGGAUGAGCGAUCCGGAUAUCCAAGAAGCCACGGCCUCGGAGCCGCUCACAUUGGAAGAGGAAUACGAGAACCAGCAGUCAUGGCGCACCUCACACGACAAGCUCACCUUUAUCAUCUGCCAGCCCCUCGACUCAUCUGACCGGACGACCUCCCACAAGACCGUACACGCAGGCAAGGUCGACGCCUCGGAGCGGAUGAUUGGCGAUAUCAACUUCUUCAUCUACCCCUACGAUGAUGACGACGACGGAAACGAAGAGAGCCAAGCUGCGAAUGAUGCCUCGUAUGUUGGCGAGGUGGACGUCAUGGUGGCGUCCAAGGAGCAUCGCGGCAAGGGCGUCGGCCACGCCGCCGUGACGACGCUGUUGACCUACGUGCUCCGCAACAAGGCGCGGAUCCUCGAGGAGUACGUCGUUGGGGAGGAGGGCAAGAAGAGUGCGGAGGCGCCGGAACUGAAGGGCUUGAUGGUGAAGAUUAAGGAGGGCAACGCCGCGAGUAUUGCGCUCUUUCGGCGGCUGGGGUUUGUGCAGAAGGGGGAAGUGAAUUAUUUUGGUGAGAUCCAGAUGGUUCUCGGGGACUUGGAUGAGUUCGCGGCGUCUUCCGCUGGAGUCAUGGCUGCAGAUGAAUAUCGCGAGGUUUUGUAUUGUCGAUAG